AUGGGUAAAAUAGCUGGUGGGUUAGCGCCAAGUAGCCCAAUCGGAGUUGGUAGUGUUGGCAGGCGGGUUAAUUUAAUUUGGUCGAAUUGCAACUGCACUUCUCCGGAUUCCUACCCAGUCCUCGGCAGACUGAGCGAUCCAGCGCCAGUCGUUCGUACUCGCCUGUCAGCAGAGGAUGUUGAUGUUGAUGUUGAUGCCUGGGGAAGUGGUGUGGAGUGGUAUGCUGCGUCCAGGCCUCUGUGGCAACAUGAUGCUAUUCACAUCGUGGACUUUGUCAGUACUUUGUCAGUCCAAAGUCCACCUCCCAGCACCGUACCCACUCGUACGAGGAAUAACACAGGCAUUGCACGAAGAUAUGGACCACUUACUGGUGUUAGCGUAUUGGCGAAGCUGGCGAAUACGGGAUAUCAUGCCCAAUCUGGCCAAGCGGCCUCCCAGCUGACACAAGGAGGUCCUGGACACGAAACCCUUCAAGCGCACCACGAAUCGAAGCGUUGCGGCUCUAAGGGCCGUUUUUGGAGGAGAGACACUGGCAGAGUCACACGGCGUCGCUACUGGUCAACGGCGGUGUUUCGCAGGAAUUUCCCAGGCCCCUUCCAGCCACUGCCAGCCAGCGGCCACGCCGGGACAGCCAGAAGUGGCCUCACAAACAGCCAGGGCGGAGCACGCCGUGGAGCAAGAAGAGGCUGGCGAGCAGAGCCAAAACACUGGCACGAGGUCCAAGUGAGCGGGAAGAGAGCUGAUCGCCACGCAGGCUGGCAGACGCUGUUACGACCGGUGCCACUUCGACGACCUCGUACUCCCACGAGUCUCAUCCUUUUGAGCGUCGCUUGUGGGGCACACUAG